AUGAACCAUCUCUCAUGGACAAUACUAAUACUUUGUGUGUCAUCCUUCACAUUUGUCGUCGCAUCACCUUACGGGACUCGACCAAGUAAUCACUAUCACGCGGGAUUCGUUUCGCCGGGCUUCUCGAAAUGUGACGGGAUUACGGGUGAUUGUACAUACGGCCAAGAAGAAAACAUGAUGGAGUCGGAUAUAAGCCGGCGUAUGUUAGCUCAGUCGGGUUAUAUUAGCUACGGUGCGCUGCAGAGGGACAAUGUCCCGUGCAGCGUGAGAGGAAAUUCGUACUAUAACUGCAAUUCGCACGAGCAGGCUAACCCGUACGAGCGUGGUUGUACUCAGAUCACAUAUUGUGCUAGGAAUAAUCACUAG